AAUGUGCUAUAAUAUCGUUGAUGAACGGAAGAUAGUUUGUGAGAUAGGUUGCUACCGAAAUUUGUAUGUAGUAUGUAAACAAAACAAACCAAACGUGGUAGCCUGGCGAAAAGAAAUCAACUGUUUCACACAGAAUGAAAGUAUCAUAUAUCAUCGCGAAAAUUCGGUACUUUAAAUACUUCUUGAGUCUUAUUUGCAAUUCAUUCUUAAACUUUUUCAGCACUGAGAUUGCUGUUUCAUAAACUUGAGGAAAAAAAGAAACUGAUUAACUAUAGGAGGUGUGAUGCCUGCACUGUUAAAGUCAUGUUGUCUUGAUAGUCAACCUAAUCUUAAGUGACUAGCUAUUUAAGAAGCAGCAGUUUCUAACGCCAAGUAUAUACCGCCUAUAUCCUGACAAUUUAAUUUCUCGUUCGUUUGUGAUACGUAUGGAACAUUGUGUCUUAUUUAGAUUAUCAUUCCUUCUUACAGUCUUAAGAGAUGUGCUUGGGACGAAAAUUUAUUUGUAAGAAAAAGUCGUCGCAAUGAUAAUUCCUACCAUUAUUAAAUGAAGGUACGCGUUUAACCAUUAACAGUAAGGAUGACAGUGAAAACCACGGGAAAAUUUCGUAAUAUGGGUAUUGUGACACGAAACCCUUUGGAGUAUACAAGCAUGGAAUCUGUUCAAUACAUGGUUGGUGUCACAGAAACAUUACCUCCAUUGCUAAUGACUGCUAUUUUGUGACAGGAGUUUAAAGAUUGAUGUACCGAUUUGCAGAUUACAUCAGGUAAAAGGACUGUUUGAAAAAUAUGAAGUUCAGUUGGCAGUAAAUUAUCACGUUCGUGACAAGUCUAAUGACAGCAUAAGGUGAGGUACAUGGUCUUAGAUUGGCUUCCACGAUAAGAUUCAAGUUCCAUAAAUGGUUGGUUACGUCAGUUUAGAGGAAGGCAAUGACAUAAAACCUCCUACAGGAUCGUGCCUAAUCAAUUAAUCUUGUAUUCAGACCGACUUCAGGUUUUGUACUUGAUGAAAAGUUACAACCAAUUUUUAACUGUUAUUAUUUGUCUAGAGAACAAUGCAGGAUUAUUUGUAAACCUCAUAUUAGAAGCAAGAGUCAUAAAUAAGUAGUGGUAAUUAAAGGACCAUUCAUACAGGAAGACAGUAUAUAUUUGUUGAAUGACUGGUUUCAAAAUACAUGUCAUAAACUGAAAAGUCCUUGGGGAGUGCAGCUGUCCAGAGAUUUGACAUUAAAACAUAGAGGCAGCCAUUUGCAAGUAUUUUGAAGACAGAUGCUCAAUUUCGUAGAUUUUUAUGUUUUGGAUAUUAGCUGGAGCAUUGUAGAUAUUAUAACUCAACUAAUAUUCUGUGAAUACAUUUGUUAUAGUAUUUCAGAAUCUAUAGUUUGUGAGUGUGAGGUUUAUUGUUCCAUCUUGUCUGUUCCUUUUCCUUAUAUUUGUGCUUGUUUACUUAUCAGCUGAGUUUUACGCCAUUUUGAGUCUGUUCAUUCUACAUUUCUUGCAUUUUUCAUAACUUUGAUUUUAGAUUUUGUUGGAUCUCUCUCUCUCUCUCUCUCUCUCUCUCUCUCUCUCUCUCUCUCUCUUUCUCUUUCUGUAUGGUAGUGUCCACUGUGUUUAAAGUGAAGUUUUAGAUACCACUUCAUUAACUUUCAAUGAAAGUGUCACGUUUCAGCAUAACCUAGAGGUCAGACAACCUUGAGAUUAAUAAAUCACCAUAUUUAAUAUUUCAUAUUCACUUUUGUUAGCUGCAUCUAUUCAUAACCAAAGUGUCACAAUCCAAUGUAACUUUGACCUUGGGGUAUGCUACAGAUCAGCCAGUAACCACCUACAGCAUUCCAAAAACCAAAAUAGACACAAGAAGAAAUACGGUUAAUAUUCAGGUGACCUGUUAAGUGGAUAGAUAUUCUGUGGCUCACUGGUGAGACAGAAUGGAUAUACAACAGUGGGACUAGCAUACUUAUUGUAUACUCAUUUAUAGUACUUCUGCAGAAUCUCUCUACUGAAAUUCAUUAAAAACCUGAUAUCAGGGCAAGAACUGCAUUUGAUUGGUGUUUAAUUUAGGAUUAUAUCCAAAUUAAAACACAACAGUUUACACUUUUAACAUACAAACAUAUCUGCAGUUGCUCCAUGCAGCUCACUUACAGUUGUAACAGUGAUAGUAUGAUGUAUCCCUGCUUGUGGCAUGUUUAGAAUAAAAGUGUCAAAAAUAAAGAAUGGGUACAAUAUUCAGAAGAAAGUACAAAUAGGCCUACUUGGGUAUCAGCCUCAGGAAGUGGAAUAUUGGAAAUUAGCUAGGACCUGAAGGUAGGAAGGCAGGAAGAAAACAAAGUGUUAUGAAUCUUUAAUUUGGGAGACCUGGAAAAGUGGUAGGAAACACAGAAGAGGUGGAAUGUGCGAAGUUUAUUAGUUGUGGGGAGAACCAGGAUUGUACAACAUCUCAUGUAAUGCACUAGAGAGUAACAGGAGAGAUUCAAAUUCAUAAUUAGUAAUAAUGAGCUGCAAACUGUUGGUAAUACAAAUAUGACAGCGGAAAGAGAGAAGAAACCACAGAUUAAACAAGUUUUCUGGGUUCACAGAUCCACAAUAAACACAUAAUUAGCAUUAAAUACAUCCAUCACAAACGUCGUUGCCCUACUAUGUCAAACAUUCUCCCUCCUCCAGCUUGACUGUUGCAGAUACUUUGUUUUAAUUCAGUCCAACCAACAAUUAAAGCAGCUUUCCAAUUGUUUUCUGUUAGUAUACGAGCCAAGCUGAUUUUUUCAGGUAUAUCAAUUUAGUUGAACCUUAAUGGCAGUACUCCUAAAUGACGUAUUUGUUUUAUUACCAGUUUUGCUCAUCAGAUGUGAACAUCUUCAGGAUAGGAUAUGGUGAGGAUAGGGCAGGAAAUUGACCAUGGGCUAAACAGAGGAACCAUCCCAGCAUCUACUUUAGCAACAAGGGGAAACCAUGGAAAAUCCAAGCCAGGGUGGCUGACAAGGAAUACACCCCAGUCCUGCAUGGAUGUCCAGUAAAUUAAGACUGGAGGAGCCACCUUGCUCGGUACAUGAUUGGAAAAGGAGUAUUAAAACACAUCAUACACAUUGUGGGAGCAACAUGCACAGUAAUACGGGGAAACUCCAUUUAAUGUAACCAGCAGCAUUUGCACAACAAGGCCGUCCAGACAAAACACCAUGGAAGGUAUAAUCAUCAGAGAAGCAAGGAAGGAGGACUGCAGUGAAAUAAAACGACUAAUUAAGGAACUUGCAGAUUUUGAAAAGAUGCCGGACAAUGUACACAUAACUGUUGAUGCACUUGAAGAAGACGGAUUUGAUUCCAGACACCCGUUCUUCCACUGUUAUGUGGCAGAAGUUGCUGCAGGACCAGAAGAAGAUGCUGUUGUUCCAGACAAAGAAGAAAAGAGAGGAGCUUUUGGAUUAGAAGAUGCUGUAACCAAAACUCGCCAACUGAUCGCAUAUGCAAUAUACUUUUAUGGAUACUCUACUUGGAAUGGUAAAUCAAUGUUCCUAGAAGAUCUCUAUGUAACACCAGAUUAUAGGAGUGUUGGGCUUGGUUCUGCACUUUUUGAUAAAGUGGUUACGAAAGCAUGUGAAACAGGAUGUAGCCGAAUGGAUUUUGUUGUUCUUAAUUGGAAUCCAGCACAAGAUUUUUACAAACGAAAAGGUGCAGUUGACCUUACUUCUGAACAAGGUUGGCACUAUUUCCGGCUCAACAAAGAUUCAAUGGAAAAAUUAGCUUACAAGAAGGAUAAGGGAGAAACAGAGGACUAACUUUUUUGUGUGGCAGUAUGCUGCGUUUUUCCUAUGCAGUUCGCACUAGCUGAUAAAUCAGCUUUAUUUUUUGUAUAUUUCUUUUAAGAACAUUUGCAGUGACUCACUAUAACUAGAGGCAAAUUGUUUUACAAGUUUUAUGCUUGUAGCCUUAUCAGUCAUUGCAAAUAGAAAUCUGUGUCAGAAUUUUAGAUAAACUGUGAUUGUAAUGAUUCUAGUGAGUAGAUGAUAUAAUAUUAUAAUUCAUCAUACGUGAGAACUGUCACUAUGAAGUGUACCAGUGUUGAGACUUGUGUGUUUUUGAUACUGCUCUUAUUUGUUUUGCUGUGAUACUUUACAUAUUAGCUGUUCUAAGAAAAUAUCUUAUAACUACAACAUGUGAUAUGUGUGCAAAAUAUAGUGCAUAAAUUGGAGGUUCAAGAAAUGGGAAAUAGUGAAAGAUGUUUUGUUAUUUUAUCACUUGUAUAUUACUAUUCAUGUAUACAAAUAGUGAAAUAAAGUAAAUUCUUUUAAAUAGGAAAAA